CUGAUUCUAUCCGUUCGUGGUGUGGUUUACAGAGGCAGCUUUUGGUGCGGUUACGAUGACGCCUCUUGGUGCGCACAAGUCACAGGUGCUCCGCCUGCGUACUACGCAGCAUCUAGCUCCUUAUACGGCAUCUAGUUAGCCCAGUAUGGUCGACGCACCUAUUCUAUCCAGCUACAGUCGACAGUUCGCAUUACGGCAGCCUCCUAAGUCUAAAAAACGAGAUAAAUCUAACACCGAGAAACCUGGCAAAGGCUCAACGCCCUGGAAACCUAACUAUGGCGCGGCUUUCAGUGGUCAAAAGGCCACAUUGCAGUCGCACAAGACGCUGAUAGAUGCCUUUAAACAGCAUGGUAUGCGGCUGUGCGACGGUGCAAGACUCAACGCUGUGGGUAAGGGAAUCCAUGUGCUGGGUCGUGUGCCUCCGACCGUCAGCGCUUCGGUCACGGCGCUGUAUUUAAGCCAAAACAACUUGCGGUCACUAAAGGGGAUCGAACAGUUCCCAGCGGUGCGGCUAUUGUCAGUAGGCGGGAAUUUAAUCUCGUCUGAUAAAGAGGUGGCGAGACUGAAUGAACUCGCGCAGCUCCGAAAUCUCAACUUGAUGGGAAAUCCACUCUGUGACCAGCCGAACUACAGGCUGCGGGUUAUUGCGGUGCUUACAAAGUUGCAAGUACUGGAUAAUAGUGAUAUCACUAAGAAGGAGAGACAUGCAGCGCCUCAUGUAGCGGCACAGGACGAUGCUCUAAGAACUAUGGUCUUGCAAAACCAUUUUGACAUUCAAAAGCUGCAACGGAUCGCGCAAUUGAUUUCACUACACAAGACAUUUUACGGAUAUGUGAUGGCAGGGGUAGCUACUGGAAGGUUCGAUCGCGUACCAAGUCCGAACGAUGUGGCUUGUAAUGUGCCGCUGUUAUUGCGACUGUGGAAAUACGAAAACUCACUUUCUGAUCAGGAGCAGGAAGCGCUGAAGGUGCAAAUGAUCACGAUAAUUGUCCGGACGCAUGCUAAGUUAUCCGAGAAUCCGAAAGUUAAAGCAAAGGAAUAUCUACUUAACCUGGCGAGUGGAUCUUCCCCAGGAGCACUACGGCUAGAUGGACUUUCGAAUGAUAUUAAGCAGCGCUGUGCCUCGUGGGAAGAAGCUUAUGCCAACGUGAUUGCACUGCAACAGAAAACGACUGCAAAUUUACACGCGGUCUGUGGGAAGAACCGCAAAGAGAUGGUAGAAUACUUGAAAGAACUCCUCUCAAUGGACCUAAGACAGCGAAAUAAAUUAGUUGGAGUUCGACGUAUGGAGCAAAACGUUGACGAGCUAGAAACGAAGCCGCCGCCUCAACAUCAAGCAAGCACUUGGACGGACUCACGUCUUACUGAACGGCGGUACUCUCACGAUAGUGAUGCACGAUCUAGUAAGCAUCAGCUCCCGCCACAGCAGCAGGACCCCGAUACUUGGGACAGAGGAGCAGAGGUUCCACAUCCGAGCUUUCUACCUCCCCCACUGACGUUCAUGAAUCCAUCAAACCAACAGCAAUCAAAGAAAAAGAGCGAAGCAGAAGCUUAUCGUCAUUCACACGUCCAAGAAGCAUCAGUGCAGACCACGCGAGAUCGCAAGGCGAAUCUUCGCAGUGGAGACUUCGCGAAUAAAUCUCUUGGUGAGGCAAUUCAUGGUUUCAAGCUGAGAGAUUCAGUAUCAGGUUCGGCUCAAAAAUUAUCACGACCAUCGCUACAGAGCAAAACCACUCAACUCCAAAGAGUGUACACUAUGCAACGACAAGAAGAUGCCCCAUUGCCCCCGGAACUGAUUGAGAAACAGCAUCCACUGUUUCAUAAAAAUCUUGGUGACAGACAGCAGUCUUCAACUGGUUUCCAUAACUGCGACCACAUGGCGAGUAGAAAUCAUCGCGAUAGUGAAGUCGCAACCGAGUUUAACAGCAGCCAACGCCGAGUAUCAUCAGCCUUCACCCGGGAAGACCUAGACAUGACAAGCAUCAGUGCGAUUAGCAACGCAUCUUCAUCGCCUCCACGAGCACGUCGAACCCAGGAGGAAACCUAUAUUCCUAUUGCAAAAAGCCCACCAAAUCCUCUCUCUAUAGCCUCAUUACCGCCACAGUCAGAGCCCGUUCGGCCACUCCAAACAGCACAGCGACGACAGUCCCAUUGCGAUGAACCUCAACGUGUUGCUAACCCGAUGAAACCUGAUGUGUCGCUUAAUGAGGGUCGUCUACAGGAGCUGGAGCAACGAGAAGAGAAGUACAUUCGAGCACUAAUGGAGUCGGAACAGCGAGAGCUGGAUCUUCGGCACAUUUUAUCAAACGUUCAGCGGAAAUUGGCUUCAUACCAACAGACACUAGCCCAACAGCUUCACGAACGCGAGGCGAUUAAAGAGGAGAUGGCUCAACGUACGAUGGCUGUAGCUACACCAAAGAUCCUCAAGCGAUUCUUCAUCCGCUGGAUUCGAUUCUACAACUGUGCCGUACAUGAAAAACACGAUCUGGAGGCGCAUUUACAGGCUGUGAAGGACACCACAGUGUCUCUGUCGGACCAACUUGAGAUUCUGCAUGAACAUGCAAAGGGGGAUAACCAGCAAGUUGUAGACUUGGAGGCGGCCUUACGUCGUUAUGAAAAGAGGAAUGUUUCUCUAGAGAACGAGCUCAAAAAGGCCAGAGCUGCAAUUGAACAGGAGCGACGUGCGUGGGAAGAUGCAUUAUGUGACGAAGAAGAGAAGCGAGAGAAGGAUAGUGUCAAAUAUCGAUCUCUUGCUCAGGAGAACCAGGUGCAACAAGUUAAAAUGAUUGAGCUGAAGAGAGAACUCGAAGCCGAGAAGGCGAAGGUGGCUGGAGAGGAGAAAGUCAAUGAGGACCUACGUGCUGCUUCAGAGCAGAUAGCUAAUACUCAUGACGCUGAAAUGGCCGUAGCAAUGGAUAAACAGAAAGAGCUUGAGCGAGAGAUAGCUGACCUACGGGGUCACUUGAAAGAACAGGAAACGGAGCGGGAAGAUACUGCGAAUCGGCUUCAGGAGUAUGAAAAGCGGAUUGCCAGUACGUGCGAAGCCAUGAACGAACACGAACAAGCACAUGAACGUGAAAAUGAACGCUUACAGAGCGAAUGUACAAAUAUCGAGGGGAAGUGGAAGGAAGAACAAGUAAAAAAUAUAGAGCUGAGUCGACUACUGCAAGAGAAGAACCAGUUGAUUUUGAACUUGACGCACCGCAUCAACCACGUGAAUCCUGCUUCCCAAAAGGGACAUGAGGAGUUCGAUGCUCUUCAUAGUAACCAAGAAGAUUAUGGUAGGAGAGGUCUUGGUAUGGUCCCACAGUGCCCAAGACAUCAUGUCCAGGGAGGGCAGCCGUGUAUGAAGCCACAACAUAAUGAUUUCGAUCAAGCUAGAACGGCACCUAGGUCUCACUCCGUAGCGAUGAACAAAUCUACUAAGCAGUCCUCUCGUCACGUACGCCCCGUGAGUGGUUAUACUAGAUCCGAUGAACUCGAGUCUCCAAUAGAAAUAACCGCUAAAGCAGAAGAAGUCCUGAUCGACAAGCACACGAGGAAAGUUCACGAAGACAUUCAACUCCUUCAGGAACGGAUUUCUAAAAGAUUGGAGCAGGCUCCAGCAUAUGCUCAGCUCCCUUCUCGACUACUGCAAAGGGUACGACCAGUGCUUUCAGAUGCACCGGAAUCUCCAAUUAGCUCGUGUUCGUCUUCACUUUCAAACGAUGAUAGUUAUACUACUGAGGAGAGCCAAUCGGUGGCGGAUCGUGUGCGUCGGGCUAGACUAAGACGACUACAAACGCAGAAGCAAGCCGCGAUAAUGGCAGUGUCCCCAGUGAUAUCCCGUUUGGCGAGCCGUGUUCAGUCUACCUCAUCCAAAGUGAAAGAGAAGGAAAAUGUUGCGAUGUUUGCUAACUCGUCAAAGACGAAGAAAGCGAGGAAAGCGAAUGCUUCGACGCUGGCAACAUAUACGAAUAAGAAGAAAGACCUAAGGAAAUAG